UCCCUUUCUUGCCCUUUUAUUUUUUCCCCUUUUCCUAUAAAUCUUACCCGCCAUGCUCCUCGUUGUCUUCUUUCCUGCAUCUUCUCCUUCAUUUCCUUUUUUUCUUUCCCCUUUUGUUUGUAAUUUUCGUUCUUCAUGUCUGGUUGAAGGUUCGGAGGCGUGAAGGAAAAAUCUUCGCGAGGGUUGGAGUUUCUGUAAAUAAGACUAAUCAACUCACCUCUCGCCUGUACAUAUUCGAGAAAAAAUCGUCCGCCUUUCGUCUGUUAUUUUGUGCUGAUCGAUCUUGAGGAUCAGAGGACCCGACGUGUUGGAAGAUAUGGCUGACCUCUCAAGGGUGAGAACUUCUCUUGCCUCUCAGGAACGCAGCCGGGGACCGCUCCUGUGCCCGAAACCGAGACGACUCGCCAUCAUCAACCACGCUGUUGCUGCCGACGCCGUCCGACCUUUCCGAUCGCAUCUGAACCAUUCGAAGGACCAGAUCGACUCCAAAGCCGGCUUGGAACUUCUGGACAUCUUGUUUGCAAAGGGCGUGUACGGUGGCGACCAGACCGGUUGCGGCUCGCCUCCUUACUUCUGCGGGUCUCCUCCGAGCCGGUCUGCGAACCCUCUGGUUCACGAUGCCCGCUUCACGGAGGGGCGCAAGGACCUUUCCCCGGUGCCUUUUCCUUUGCCGGCCGGUUUUUCUUCGUCGCCGGCAUCGUCUUCUCCAUCCUCCUCUUCUCCAUCCUCUGCUCGAAAGGGAUGUGCUAGGGCUACUUUCGGGCACAAGCCCGCUGCCGUCAGAAUCGAAGGUUUUGACUGCCUCGAUCGAGAUCGAAGGGGUUGCAGCAUCCCGGCGGUGGCCUGAUCCGUCCCUCCCCACUAACUACAUGAAUCAUUUUGACACCACCAAAUCGAGAGAAAUCUACGUGAUUUUAGAGUUUUGUCAGAAAUUUCAACCAGGAGAAAUGAAGUCUUUUGAAGGAAGAUUUUGUGUUUUGGUGCUUCGCUUUUGUACAUCCUUACACCAUCUGUCAAGCUGUAUAUGUAAUAUGUAAAUGAGUUCUUUGAAAUAAGAGAGGACGGGGGGAUAGAUUGCCCCUUCCUCUCAGAAAUUAGGCUCUUUAGGUUUUUUCGUUUAGCUCUUUCAGUAGCUCUACGAACGAUAUCACAGAUAGUAAGUAGUAGAGGGUUGUGGUUUCUGGGAGUUGUAGGUAGGAGAUAUGGAAUUUGUUUGUGGCUUCCUGGUUUCUUUAUCCUCUUUGGGUCGUCUACUUUUGCGUCUCUGCCCGCGGCUGAAUCUGUAUAUUGGUAUGAAAACGUCCGGGGUUCGAGUACUUUUCUGUUAAUUUUUGUAAUCGGGUUGCUUCCCCAUUGAUGUAAAUAUUCAAUCUCUCAAUCAUCAUAUUUCGAAUUUUGAAA